GUCUUGUUGACUGGUUGCUUUUGGUGUCUUGGGUGACAUAUUGCAUCUUCACCUUUUUCUUUUUCUUUUUUUUUCUUGGUCAGCAUUUCUUGGCCUCUCCAUUCAUCACAGCAUGUCUCUUGCCCUCCUCAAGGACAAUGCUCCUCGACCUUGUUCUCAAAGCAGUUCUGUACGCGUAGCGGGCAAUGCCGGUUGGGCCUCAGCGCUCAAGUUAAAUCGAACCGACCCUAAUCUCGGCCUGAGCUUCGAGGCGACCGAUCUAUUUCGUAAUGACGGCGAGGAGGCAUGGAAAACGUUGGAUAAUAUAGCUGCCCUUGGUUUGACUUUAGAAAAUAACGAGGAUGAACAAACCCAUUCCGCUGUACUCCCUAGGAUAUCUAUCCAGGACGACGAGGCCGACACCGAGUAUCUAGAAACUGCACCACCUGUCGGACCAUUUCACAAGUGGAUGAAGAAUCUACAUAAACGGGCACACCGUCCGAGCGUCCGCCGUAAUCCCGAUCAAUUCGAACCAUUUCCCGAGUAUUCAGAUCACUACCUCGAAGAUUAUACCUUGUCUCCAGACCAUUACAGGAAGUCUUCGUCCGGCUCAUCUUUUGGGUUCGUUGCGGCUGUCAGAAGUGCGAGUGUGAGUCUCGCAAGCGCCAGCGUAAUUACACGACCCAGAAGACAUACCGGACGAUCGUCACUCCAUGGCAGGUCAGAUCUCAGUAGCAGAGGGUCUACAUCUGGCCCGCGUUUUUCUGAAGAAAGCACGUGCAUGGAGCGAACGAUAUCAAAUGAUCCUGGAGUGAUGGAACGGUUACUUCAUAGGCGCCGUAUUUUGGAAGAAAUUAUUAACACCGAAGAAAGUUAUAUUGGGGAUGUCAAAUUCCUCAUGAAUGUUUAUGUUACCAUCCUAGCGUCUUUGCCGUCAGCACACAUUGGCCUCCGUUCCUCUAUCAACCGGAAUCUAACGGAUAUAGUUGAGUUGCAUGAGGAGAUUCUUGGCGAGCUACAUCGAGUCGUACCUAAUUCCGAAUAUACGCAACCCGAACGUAUCCCUGUCACCCCCAAUCCGCCCCCGAGUAGAAAACAUCAUCGUUGGCGUAGCCUAGAUUCUGUUCCAGAGAAUAAAGGAGGGGCAGCUUGGAACUUGCUAAAUAUUCCUAGUGUGAUAGCUGAGCCAAGCGUUGCAGCUGAGGUAGCUCAUGUGUUUGGGAAACGGAUGAAUCGAUUCUUCAUCUAUGAGGAGUACGGUGCAAAAUAUGAGAUGAUGAUCAAGGACGUUGCGUCCGCUCAUCGAACGCUACCUCAAUGGGAGUCAUACCAAAAGGGGUUGGAAGCGCUGGCUGCUUCAUUAGGAACCGUGAAUCAGCAUAUAGAUCAUUCUAGGAAAUCUUUAACAAUUGGUGACCUUCUAGUCAAGCCUAUCCAACGAAUCUGCCGAUAUCCUCUAUUAUUCGCCGAGCUUCUCAAAUAUACCCCCGUGUGUGACUGCCCAAGCUCGCAUAUGGAGAUUGAGAGUGUGCUCAUCCGGCUACGCGAAGCUACUGCAGAGAUCAAUCGUGCUACGGAUGAUCCACGAAUGAAAAACACGAUGGAACAGACCUGGCUACUUCAAGAUCGGCUUGUGUUCCUAAACCAAAAGCUAGAUGCGGCUUCGAAAACCACGAUACGCUCUUUUGGCCAAGUUCGUCUCUGUGGUGCACUCCAUGUGUGUUGGCAGACCAAAGACGGCGUAGAGGGUGCAUAUAUGGUCACGAUUCUAUAUAAAGACUGCCUGUGUCUUGCCACGGCCAGCAGGGCAGACCAGGUAUAUACUAUCCAGGCUUGUAUAGGUCUCAAUGACAUCAAAGUCGAAGAGGUCGAUAACGGCCGCGGCCUUCAAUGUCACACGGCUCCCUUCUCGUGGAAGCUCGUCUUCGAAUGCGACCAUCAACUCUACGAAAUUGUUAUGACAGCUUGUUCUCCAAAGGAGGAAAUGGAAUGGCGCAAUCGUCUGUCGCGGGAUGGUUCAGAUCAAUCAUACGAAUUAUCAGAACCUACAUUCUAUAGCUCAAUCUACCUAAACAUCAAGAGCCUGGGAACAAUUUUUGGAAAGCCGGGCACCGUUGCACGUCGUCUUUCCAUUCAUAGGGCCACGACGGUUGGGCCAAAAUCACCAUUGUGCCAAGUGAUUCUCAAGAAUACGACCACGGUGAAGGAUACUUCAGCAAAUUCCAACACACAAAUCAACCGUUCGCAGUCGCUUUUGACAACCAAUGCACGUAUACCGGUGCUCGCGCCAUCUCGAGGAGAUCGAGCACGUCUUGAGGCGCAGCUCGCUGCGGUGUGGAGCCGUAAAGUGCUACCCUUUCCCGGCAUAACGAGCCGAUCGAGAAGCGAGCGCCUCGUUCGUAGUUCAGCAUCCACGGUUAUGCGAAAGCUUAGUGUUGCAAGUAUCACUAAUUCCUUUGCCAAGCACUCUACGAGCAACACUAGCGUGGCAAAGGCAAAUGAAGACGAAACAGCAAACACCAAUGGCUUUGGUGAUAGUGCUCACUUAAAUGGUGACAAACCUAGAUCGGCCGGCAUUAGCACGGCUGAAGGAGAUGUCAAGCGAAGGCUUCCUAUGAUUAAAGACGAGACAGAACACACCGGCAGCAAUAGCCCGAGCAUUGCCUCCACUAAUGAUACUCGCUCGCGAUCCGGAACGGUGAAGAAGCUGGACCCUUCGAAGCUAGACCUUGAGUGGCUAGAAGAAGGCGAAGCAACAACUCCGUCUUUACAAACGUCAGCCCCGAGUAGCAUCCGUCGGAGUCGGCAAAUGUCAUUAUCAGCCAUAUCAUCGUUAUCAUCUGCAGAGGAUGAAGAGAACAUGUACCAUGGGUUUGGAACCAAGCAUCGGCUACAUGAAACGUUAACUAAUAUUAGGCCUACGAGUAAGUGGCCAAGAAUGGGGGCUAUCAACAGAGGGUUGAUGGCGUCUAGCAUUCGCAGUUUCUUUAGAUGAGGGGAAGGCAACUUCAACAUUAGAGCACACGGUUGGGUAUAGAAAUAGGGUUUGGACUGCCUCUGGCAUAGGGAUUAUACCAUUCUUUUAUUCUUUGUUUGUUUUGUUUUCUGCUACGACACUGGAACGGCACCGGAUUGUGUCAUGAUGCCUUUUGUUUUUUCACGCCCGAUUAUUCAUUGGGCUUUUCAGACUUGGAAAAGUACGAUUAUACCCUGGGAGCAAUG